AUGUUGAGCUACCUGCUACAUGGUCCUCUGGUGAGGCUGUGUACGGGGCUCGCAUGUCUCCUGUCCCUUUGGAACACAGUGCCUGGCAUUAAAGGAGGAACCAAGAAAGAAAAGGGAAUAGCCUUCUUACCUAUACCAGUGCCUGGCCCUAGAGGGGAGGAGAGGAAGGAAAAGGGGGUGGCAUUUGUCGCUACCACAGAGAUACCUGCUAAGCUGGUGGAUCUGUCUGCACUUAACCUGACGGAACUAGUGAACGGGAUGCUGAGCAGAGCUUUAAGAGAUAACAAGAAGUUCUUCUCCUUGCUCAGUAUUACUUCCUACAGCUCCUUCACCUUCCACAAGUUCUCCGUGGCCAUUUACAAUAUUUCUAACCUGAAGACUGUGGACCCCACCAAAUUCCCCACCAGAUACUGCCACUGUUGGAGCUACCGGACCAAUGACUUAUCAGAUUUCACAGCCCUGCUGGUGGACGUCAUUGGAAAUUCUGCCAGCUACCUCACAGAACUUUUUAAGUCAACCUCCAUCCUCUCAGUGAGUCAGACCAAUGGAUCUGACUGCAUCUUCAUCUGUAUGAUGACAGGAAAGUCAGGAAGGAAUCUUGCUGACAUCUGGGACAUGGCAGAGAAAUCCCCUGUUAUCCAUUACACAUUCACCAGCAGCGUGUCUGGUAUUCUGGGAGAGUCUACCAGUGGGAUGGCUAUGACUUCAAAGCCUACAACCACAAGCCAGCCAAGACUACCAAGUACAAGCCCCCAACGCCAGGGUGAGAGCACUGGAGUGUCUGCUCUGAGGACCUCUCCCUGGAUACAGACAACUAUUCCUUCAGAGGCAGAGGACACCAUGACCACAGGUAGGUUUCUGGAGCUUCCUCUCACGGCCACAACCACCUGGUGUGGCUCCUCUCACACCCUCUCUACCAAGAGGGUGACUGGAACCCCAUGGGUGGGUUCCACACGACUCCUGCCCUCGGCACAGAUCAUCGGAACAUACACCCUUGGUACCCAGACUCCAAGGCCAGCCAAGGCACCAGCCCCCAAAUAUCCACAGACAGGUGAGCUCCCCACCACCUGGCCAUUUACCCCUGGGGACGAGCCAGCCCUGGUCCUAGGCCUCCACCAGCUUUCAAGAUGUCCUCAGCUGCUCGGGUGUUCUCAGCUGCUCCUCAGGGAGGGGGCCAUGACUGCUGUCCCCUUCCCCUUGGCCAUCCAGAAGCUCAACCCUUGCCUGAUAGAGCUGUGUCGCUUUUUCCAGCAGUGCCUCUGCACGAGCCAGAGUAGGAGCCCCAGGACAAAGGGCAUGAGGUACUGUCUGGAACACUAUUCCUGGUUUCUGAAGAAUGCAACAUAUAUCUGUCAGAGGGUGAAAAGGGUGUCCCACUCCCACACAUUAAAGCAAAAGUGCCUUGACAAUAUCUGCAAGUCUGUGUGA